AUGGACGCUGCCGGCCCGCCGCCCGCCGGUCCCGGGGGAUGGGGCCCCGGGAAGGAGGAGCAGGCGGCGUACGCGGAGGUGUGCGGUUCGUCCGGAGCAGAGAGCGAGGCCCGGGCGAGCGGGGCGGCGGCGGCCGCGGAUAGCCCGGCCCCGGUAGGGCAUCACCCCGAAGCCGCCGCCCCGGGAUGUGGCGCGGGGCCGGGGUCGCCGUCCUCCUCCUCCUGCCCCUCGGCCGGCAGCGCGGCGGGCGGCGGGGGGACGGAGGAACCGGCGGCCGUCGGGGGGCAAACUUCCUCCUCCUCCUUGGGCUGCGAGAGCGACGAGGAGACCGGAGCGGGGCGCGGGGCCGGCGGGCCCCCCCGGAGAGCCCCCAGGGGCGCGCCCGGCGCGGCGGGGCCGCACUACAUCAGCACGCAGGAGAUCCAGCUGAGCGAAGUGGACCACGAUAUGGACUUCGACGCGGGACUGGCCGCCCGCUGGGACUUCGAGGACGACAACGUGAUCUACUCCUUCGUGGACUACGCCUCCUUCGGCAGCGACGAGACCCCCGGCGACACGCCGACGGAGGAGGACAACAGCUGCUACCUCAGCACGACGCCCAGCGAGCGCACGGCGCGGGCGGACAGCGCGGGCAGCGGCAGCGAGGCGGCGGGCGGCAGCUCGGGCAGCGACGCGCCUCGGCGGCCCGGCGGCGCGGGAGCGAGCCCCGCGGGACACAUCCUCCUAUCAAUCAAAGCGGCCUCACGGGCUAUAAAUGAGUGUAGCGCCGCGCGGGAAGAGCGCGACUCAAUCUACGCCGCCGAGCAUGAAGGCGACAUGAGCCUCCGCGUCGCCGCGGCUCCGGAGCGCGCGGCGGGCUUCGGGCAGGACGCCGGCCGCCAGCACGCCAAAAAGUUCAUCGCCGUCCCCGCGCGCCUGCAGACGCGCUGCGGGGCCAGGGAGGCGGGCGGCUGCUCCAGCGGCGCCUCCAGCGCCGUCAGCGAACUGGACGACGCCGACAAGGAGGUGCGCAACCUGACGGCCCGCGCCUUCCGCAGCCUGGCGUACCCCUACUUCGACACCCUCAGUCUCGGCUCCCGCGCCUCCUCCGCCUCCCUUUCCGACCAUGCGCUGGGCGUCAACCGCUGGUCCACCUACCUGGACCUCAAGUGCGGCGCGCUGGGGCCGCGGGGCGCUGCGGGCGGCGGGCAGCUGUGCGUGCGCUCCGGCAAGGCGCCCAGCAGAGCGCUGCAGUUCGUGGUCAGCAAGCUGGACGGCGAGAUCGCGCACGUCGAAGCGCCGCCGCCGCCCCGGGGAACGCUCGGCGUGCGGGAGCCCGGCCGGGCCGCCCGCCCCGAUGAGGAGGAGGCCAGCAAGAAGUCCAGGUUCGCCUCCAGCCUGCUGAAGAACGUCAUCUCCAAGAAGAUGCAGCUGGAGCACGAGUUCAAGAUGGAGCGGGGCGAGCUCACCGACACGUCCUCGGCGGGGCCCGGCGCCGCGCCUCCCGCCGGCCGCGACCCGGAGCCCGGCGCUGGGACCGGAGGCGGCGGGCGGCCGCGGGAGGGCGGCCUGCAGCGGCAGAGCUCCCGGCUCUCGGAGGGAGGCUCGGAGCACGGCGCGCCGCCGCCAGAGGAGCCGGGGGAGCGCGGUGGCGGGCGCUCGCCGGCCUCCAAAGCGUCUACGCCGCGCGAGGGGAGCCAGGAGAGAGCUGCGGCAGAGGAGACGGCCGAGGCCCGGCGGGGCGGCUCGGAGGCGGCCAGGGCCACCUUCUUGCGCAGCCAGCACAGCGCCUUCAGGUCGUGGAAGGAGCGGGAGGCGGAGAGCAAGGAGGAGCGGGCGUCCGGCGGCAAGGCGAAACCGUUCCCGCGGCCCGAGCCGGGCGAGCCGGCCGCCGGCAAGGCCACCAAGCUGUCGCGUCUGUUCGUGCCCGGCAUCCAGCACGCCGCUAAGGAGAAGGAGCCCGCCGGGCAGCGCCCCGCCGCCGCCUCGCCGCCCGCCGCCAGGCCACGGCUCCCCGAGAUCAAGAUCAGCCUAGGGCCACCCGCAGAGCCGUCGUUCAGCAUCGCGCAGCUGCUGACGCCGCAACUGGCCGCCCGGCCGCCUGACACCGGCCACAGGGCUCCGCGGGCCGACGGCUCCGACAGGGUGCCGCAGUUCUUGGUGCGCGACGUGCGGGAGGGCAAGGGCAAGGCGCAGGCUCCCCUUCAUCAGGUGCGGGACGUGCGUAAGCUCAUCAAAGGCUCCCAUGGCGGCGACUCGGCGGAUAACUGCAGCGACAGGGGCAGCGUGGGAUCCGAGCAGGGCGGCGCCGAGCACCGGCAGCCCGGCCCGGCCGAAGCGGGGAGCAAACCGGCAGCGGGGGGCAGGGCGCUGGGCUGCCCGCCGGAGGGCACCGUGCUGGUGCACCGCACGUCGGGCCGCCUGCCCGUGGCCACCAUCGCGCCCAACAAGAGCGACCCGCGGCAGCCCGCCGUGCUUAAGAUCGUCGCCAAGUCAGCCGCGCCUUGGCGGCACCAGGCGGCCCCGGUUCCCGCCGAGAAGGGCCGCGGCGCGGAGGAGGACCCGCGGGAGGAGGGCAAAGCGGCGCCGGUACAGAACGCGCUGGAGAAGCUGACGGCGGCGGUGCGCAGCAUGGAGGAGCUGUACAGCUUCAGCAAGCGCGAGUGGAAGCGCAAGAGCGACCCGCUGCCCAUCACCGGCAGCCACGUCCUGUCCCUCAUUGCCAGCCAGGAGCGCGACGCCGCGCCCCGCCCGCCCCUCGCCGCCGAGCCAACGCCCAAGGCGGAGGAGCCGGCGAACAAGGGCCCGGGCCCGGCGGGAGGAGAGCGACUGCCGCGCCGGGCCGCCAACCCCGCCGCCGCGGCCGACAAGGUGUCCGCCAAGGCGGCCGCCUUCGAGAGCCUGCGGCGGGUGCUGUUGGACGUGAGCAGCGGGCAGUACUACCUGCUGGACGCGCCGCCGCAGCAGCCCGUCAAGCGCCGCCUCUUCGACCCCGAGAGCGGGCAAUACGUGGAGGUGCCGGUGCCGCCGCCAGCCGUCGCCCCGCUGCCGCUGCCCCUGUCGCCUCUCGCCCUCAACGCCGGCGCCUUCGGGGCCGCCUACAUGCUGUACCCCGGGCUGCUGCCCGCCGCCGCCGUGCUGCCCGCCAGCGCCUUGCCGCGCCCGCUCUCCCACCCGGGCAGUGAAGGCAGCGGCGCGGCCGAUCCGGGCAGCCCGGCGGAGCCCGAGGGCCCCUACUACGUGCCCGGCGGGCAGGGGCCGGCGGCGCGGCGCGGAGCGGCCGAUGCCAAACCUCUCGUCAGCAUCACGGCGCCCGGUGGCGGCUCGCGGCUUGUGGCACCGCCCUCCUUCGACGGCACGACCAUGCGGCUGGUGGUGGAGCACCGCUGAGCGCCGGGCCAAGGAAUAAGGAUCACUCUCCUUUAUUUGAAAUAUGCCUGGCAACUCGGAACACUCAUCCUAAAAACUGCUUCUACAGUUUUCUAAUUUUUUUGCUUCAUACAAAACAAGUUGUGUAAGUUUCUUGUUUCCUCAACAACAGUAAAUCACUGCUUUAUUUUCUGCACAAUUGUUUUUGUAUGGAGGCUGCUCUGCAGACUUUGUGUGUGGCUGAAAGUGGCACUGCUGCUGCUGCAGCUGUUUGUAAAACAGAGUGUGCAAAUGGAGCUGUGUUUGGAUUUGGAUCAAAGCACAGUUUUCUCCAGGUGCUUGCAGUGGUUUGGGAUUAGCCAAUGUAGCCACAUGGCUUUUGAAUAAGAAAUAAAGCACUCUGCUCUCAGCCACUGCUGCACAUCACAAUCAUCCCCAUAGGUUUUGGUGCCAAUAUAAGGUCAAAUCUCUAUUUUGUACUCUAUAGUCAUGCACUUUGAAUUGCAAACAGAGAGAACUGUAGUGUUCAAGUCAUUUGUAGUGUUUAUUUUUUUGGCAUGGUUCAAAAGAGAUUGUGUAAAUAUCGGAAGAUAUGUUUGAUUGCUUUCAUUUUUUGUUUGCUUCUUUGUACUGUAUUGAACAUCACAAGUUGCCUUAAUUAUCACAGUGUUGAAAUACUGGAAAGAAGAUGGAUGUAAUAUUUGUAGAUCUCGGUUCUAAAGGAGAAGACAGCAUUUAUUUUGCUUUAAGGCUGCAAUCUUUUCUGUUUCAAACUGCCACGUUGCUGAUAGCCCUAGUGAUUCCCGUGAGAGAAACUUCUUUGUUCCAGUUCCGUUCACGCGCAGUCAUUUAACACUGUCUGCCAGGUUCACCUGAGGGCCACAUCCAUGCUAUCUUUAUUUGCUAAGAAAACAGUUCUCUUUUAAACAAGAAACUCCAUGGUCACUCAAAAUGCAGUGACUUGUGAGUGUGUGUCCAGUGUUGCACAGACUGAUGAUUUGCUGACAGCAACUACUUUUUCUCAGUAAAAAAGAAUUAUGAACAUGCAGAUGUAACUAAACUACCAUGUUCCUUGCCCAAAGUUUCAGUCCAGUGAAGCCUUUUGAGAAGCCUGUAACCAUAAGAUCAAACCUAACUUAUUUAAUGUAAAAAUUUCUGAAGGUGAAAUGUUGAAAAUUUAAAAUCUAAAUGCAAACCCCCAAAGCCUGUACUUAAUGAUUUGCCAUGUGCAGGGUUUUCCUGUGCCUACUUCUAAAUAAUUGUCACGAUAACAGGAAGAACAGAAUUAUUCACCAGUUUCCAAACUGGUGAUGGAGAAGCAUUCAAGCUAUUUGUAAAGCUUUCUAUUUAUUUAGAAUAUAAACAUAUUUGUGUAUGCAUUAUUCAUUAGCUUUUUUUUUGCUCUUUUAAACUGAGUAAAUCCUGAAAAGUUAAUUUCUUCCAUUCACUGUUAGAACAGAAAAGAUCUGGUGGGUAGGCAGCACUGUGUGAAACAUGGUGCAAAUGGAAUAGCACAGCUAUUGCACUCUCUUGUGAAGGAGAUAGAUGCUCUCAGCUUUAGUGCUCAUUCUGUUAUUAAAAAGUGAAUCUUCAGCUGAGCACUUUGUAAUUUUAAGCAUUUACUGGGCUUUCUAUUCGUCAUAUUCUAUCACUAUGUUUUUGUGCAGAAUUUAGCUAUUUUCAUGAUCUUUCUACAUGAGAACCAAGUCUUUGGCUGUACUGAUUCGUUUUACCUGGCAAAGUAUUUUUUAAUUCAUUUUAUUUCAUUUAUUCAUUUAUUCAUUUUUUUUCCCCAGAUUGUCAUUUCCACAAGUAAUUUGCAAAACGCAGGAAUCAGCUACAGCUGUCCUUAUAGGUGUGAGAUUUUGUUUGACAUUGCCCUCAGGAUGAGAUGCACUGCAUGUACACAUAUAGGGACUGAUGUAAUAUGGGUCUUCUCAUUUAUGUCAUUGUUAUGGAAAUCUAAUUAAAAAUAAUAUUCUGACCCUUUUUAGGAGCUUGAAGUGCCCGACUAGAACUUGUAGCAUGUAAUCUUAAGUUUCUGCAUUUCUGUCAUUUGAUCUGAUUACAAGCCUUAACUUUUUGCUGGGAUUCUGGCUAAAUGCCUCUUAUGGAAAAUGGGUGCUUCUUCCCUGUUCCCUUUACUCAGUAAUUUUGUGCAUGUUACCAGUAGACCAUCAGUGUUACAGCAGUGCUUUGGACUGCAGGACAGCGCAGGUACCAGAGUAAGUUGUCCUCUGAGGCAAAGAUGUGUAUGGUACAUUACAAUAUUAGCAUUCGUGUUUAAAAAUAUUUGCGUGCUACCUUUUCUUAUAUCAGUGCUCAGAGUGAAGUUUCAUGUUGAGGUUUACAGGACAGAGGUUUGCACACACAAACUCAGGGUUUACAGUUUUACCCAGUGUACUUGAAGGGAAAAAAUGCCUAGGAAACAAGUGCCCAGGAUUUCAAAAUGUAGUUGUUGGAGGAAAAUUUUGUAUGGUUUUUUGUUGUUUUCUUUUUUUUUUUAAUUAUUAUUAUUUUAACUGCCUGUAGAGAUGAAAGCAAUGACAUGAGGUGAUACCAACAGCUACUUUAUUUUCUCAGGGGAGAUUUCUUCAGUAGAAUGUAUCACUUCUAACGUCAUACAAUGUUUGCUAGGUUUUGUCUGUUACCAAAUGGUGCCCAUGCUUGCAUGGAGGGGUGGGUUUUGUAGGGAGCUGAGCUGCCCAUCCCAGCCCAGCAAAGCCCUCCCACAUUCUGGCUCUGGAUCCCCAAGGAGAUUCCUGAGGUCUUCCUGGGGCCAUGAUGGUUUUCAGCCUGACAGCACUAUGUUUUGCUGAGCUGGGCUGGGAGCAACCAGUAACUUGCAGGGCCGAGCCCCUGGUUCUCCACACAGUGUGCACCCAGCCUGGGCUUAAGCCUGGCACACAGCAGAUAUUGCAGAAAAGACUGUUGGAAAAAAAUCUGGGGAUGUGGUGCUUCCCCAGGAUAGCCAGGGGUGAGUUUCUCCUUCUGAUGGAGCGAUGCAUAACUUCGUACCUUGGGUGAGAGGCAAGCCCUUGGUGUUGGGGCCUAUAAGCUGCUUGUGUUAGAUGUUUCACAGUGCAGUCGCAGCACACUGCAUGUGAAAUUCAACAGGGAAAGGCCUGCCCACCACUUGGGUUCCCUUUCCCUGUGGCAGAGUUCAAGGCCUGUUGCAGCCAUGAGUUUUAGGUCCAGUGGGACUGGAGUGAUGUGUGAAUGUGGCUCCGGUCCUUCACAGCAGGGUCGGUUUCGCUUGAGUAAAGUGAAAUCCCUGGUGAAUGAUUUAAAAUGUAUUUAUGGGUUGUGUGUGGUUUGUUUUUUUUUUUUUUUUUUUUCUCCUGUCUG